CAUUCGAAGUGAAAAAGUCUUUAGCGAAAUUUUUAUUUGUUUUUAUCCUAAUUUUUCAAUCAAAACAAAAUAUUUUUGAAGCUUUUUAUAUGCACUUGACAAGAAUAAGGCUUUGGUAUUUAACACUGCUGAAGGCUUAAUCUGUAAAAUGUAGUUAAGGUGGUUAUAAUUAUCGCUUUUUAUCAGUUUAUUUUGGUGAUAUUUGUUAUUGCAAACUGAGCUCAACAGCUCUGGAAAUUUCGUCAAGUUUGUGAGGAAAAUUCAAGACUGUUAUCAUGGCUACAGCAGCAGGACUCAACUCAGCUCGCAACAAACUUGAAGGUCUCUUGAACGAACUGGUGGAAAAAAACGAUGACAGCAUUGAUCCAGGGGAUCCUAUGGCAAUGAUUGGCAGCAGCUUGUCAUCAGCUAUGCCGCCACCAUCAACACCAACUAAAAGAAGCUCUACAGCUAAGGGGCCAAGAAAACGAAGAAAGAAAGACUUAGGAUUUGAAGUUGAUGGAUCUGAAGGAUCAAAAUUAAAUCCAAGUUACAUCAUGAAACUUUUUGAUCGGAAUGUGGACUUUGCACCGUUUGGUGAAGAUACCCCAUUAUACACCCUUGCUAGAGAAUGGAUGGAAAACAAACCUCACAGAAUGAAACUAGCAUCUGAUUCACAGGAUCUACCAGAGGGUGAACAACUAUCCAGCAGCCAAGGUAGUUCAUCCAGUGUUCUUUCCAAUGAUCCAAGUACAGACUCCAAGGCUGUUUACUGCUUACCUCUCCCAAAGUUUAAAAGAGAGAAAAAGGACCACACACCCAUUCCUAAACCUUUGCCACAUCCUCCAUUGUCCCUCAACAUUCACUAUAAUGUUGAUUCUGGUCCUAACAUAAAUGAUUUGAAAAGAAAUCACAUCCAAAGAUGGAAAAAGGUUAAAAGCAGCUGGAAAGAAGCAUCCUUAGCAAACCAGGCACACUACACUCCAAGCAUCAAGAAGAUUAGGCAGCUCUUUGAGUCUUAUAAAUAAGCAAAAGCGAUCAAUAAAAUAACUUAAUUUUAA